AUGGCGUGGUUUUUUUUACUUUUUCUAUCGAUAGGAUUAAUAAAAGAAGGCAAAUGUAUAGUUGAUGAAGAUUUUCCUUUUCGAAAUGUUUCACUUGAUUGGUCGGUACGUGUUGAUGAUCUUGUAUCACGUCUUACUCCACAUGAAAUUAUUGAUCAAAUGGCAUAUGGAGGUGGUUGGAAUGAUGGUGUGACACCUCCUAUACCACGUUUGCAAAUACUUCCUUAUUCUUGGGGUACUGAAUGUUUACGUGGUGAUAUAAGUGAAAAUUCAACUGGUUUUCCACAAGCAAUUAAUCUUGCAUCAACGUGGAAUAAACAAUUAGUAAAAGCUGUUGCCAAUGCAACAGCUUAUGAAGUUCAUGCACAUUAUAAUGUUUAUCGUAAAGAAGGUUUAUAUGGUGUACAUCGUGGUUUGAGUUGUUUUUCACCAGUUAUUAAUAUAAUGCGACAUCCAUUAUGGGGUCGAAAUCAAGAAACUUAUGGUGAAUGUCCUUAUCUAUCGGGAAUGUUUGCUAUUUACUUUGUUCACGGUCUUCAAGGACCAUUAUCUUCACGUUAUCUUAAUACAAAUGCAGGUUGUAAACAUUUUGAUGCACAUAAUGGACCAGAAAAUAUUCCUCAAUCACGUUUUUCAUUUAAUGUACAAAUGUCAGAAUUUGAUUGGCGUUCAACAUUUCUUCCAGCAUUUCAUGCUUGUGUGUGA